AAACCCGAAAAAAUUCAAAAAUUUGUAAAGUUAAACCAUAUAGCAACCUUCGGCUUUUCAAUUGUACGAAAAGAAGCCACAUAUUACAUUUUUCCAAUUACUCUCAAUACUGCAACAUCUCAGAAUGGCUGAAAAGUCUGAAAAAAAUGAUUACGAUCCGUACGAACACCGCGAAGUACCACAUCCGAUUAGCGAUUUUGGCGCUUUUGUGAACAUCUUCAAAGCCGUACUGGGCACCGGCAUACUGGCGGCGCCCAUGGCCAUACGAAAUGCCGGUUAUUUGCCCGCUAUUAUAUGUACCAACAUAAUUGGCAUCUUUGUAGUACACUCGAAGUUCAUUCUGUUAGCUGGCAUGUAUGCGUUGGCCAAGCGCAAGCAAGUGCCGCUCUUAACCUACAGCCAAGCGAUGCUGAUCGGCGUGACGGAGGGUCCACCGGCGCUGCGUUGGCUGCAACAUUUAAUCAGCGGUAUUGUGAAUGUAAUGCUAUUCGCCAAUCACUUUGGCACUUGUUGUGUCUAUGUGGUGUUCAUAGCGAAUUGCUUGAAGGAUUUUGGCGAUUACUAUUGGGAGGAGCAUGACAAUCGCAUUUAUAUGGCAAUGGAAAUUGUGCCGUUAUGCCUGAUAUUUCUCAUACCCAACUUGAGAGCGCUGACGCCAUUUGUGAUAAUCGCGAAUAUAUCUUUAAUAUUUGGCUUUGGCAUUUUAUUCUACUAUAUAUUCACGGAUAUGCGCCCGUUCUCCGAGCUGGCUAUGGUGCAGGACAUAUAUUUGUUUCCCUUCUUCUUUGGUGCCACCAUGUUCGCAUUUGACUCACCCGGCUUGAUCGUCUCCGUGGAGGCGAAUAUGAAAAAUCCUUUACAUUUUCGGCGCAUCUGUGGCGUUUUUGUGCUAGCCAUGCUGCUCGUUAUUGGUUUUCAAAUCGUUUUCGGCUUCUUUGGCUACUGGAGUUAUGCUGAGAGUAUUGCCUCGACUAUUCUGCAAAAUAUACCCUAUAAUGCGGUACCCGCUGUAGCGGCUCGCGUAAUUUUUGCAUUUUCUAUCUUCAUCUCGCAUCCGUUGCAGGGUUACGUGCCCGUCGAUGUGUUGUGGAACAAUUGGUUGAAAGCGAAAGUGACGGAAGAGCAUCAAUUCGUGCUGGAGAUGCUUUUUCGCGUUACUAUCGCCAUUUCCUCGGUGCUCAUCGCCAUCUCUUGUCCGUCCUUGACUAUCAUACUCUCCUUAGUUGGCGCUUUGUGCAUGUCAUUUCUGGGCUUAAUAUUGCCGGCUAUUCUGGAUAUUUGCGUUAAGUACGACAUUGGCUAUGGUCCAAUAAAGAUUUAUCUGCUGUCGAGUUUAUUGCUGGUAAUUCUUGGCUUGGUCGGCGCUAUUAUUGGUACAUAUGUGUCGAUACAGGAGUGGAUCUUUACGUAUACACGUGAAAAUCACAUGAUGAAGACUAUAUAUUAUGGUGUUUUUAAUGAAAAAUAUAGCGAUUUUAUUUAAAAUGUGAAAUUUAUUAUGUUGUGCAUUGAACUUUUAA